UGCGGUUGUCUAGUAGCUAAUUCCUUAGAGACACUGACACACAGUUCCAAUUUUAAAAAGAAAAAGAAAAAGAAAAAAAACAAAAACAAAAUUUCUGUCUUUCAGGUAAAGACCCAAAAUGAAUAAAAUUAAGCAUCACAUAAAAAUUUGCACGAACAGCCAAUAGGGUUUGCAAAUGGCAAAUAAACUCUACGGGUAUGGUUCAAGCUACGGAGCGACUGCUUCAUCAGCAUCAGCAUCAGCCCUGAAACGGUACUUAUCGGAUUCUGAUCCUUCAAAGUACUCCUCCUCCUCCAUUAUGUACUCCUCCGACAGAGCCAUUGCCUCUUCAGCGGCGGCGACGGGGGUGCCAUGGACCCCACCUCCCGGUGUUGAUGUUCCUCCUGCCUCUAUUGAACCCCACCUCCUUGCUGGCCUCAAACGCUCUUCUGAAGUGCUCUAUCAUCCGACUGUUAUGGGUGCCCAUAACACAAUUGGGCAAACUGAAGCUUGGUAUUCUACAAACUAUUUAACCAAGCGUUCUAGAUUCGAGAGUGCAAGCAAUUACUCUAUAUAUCCACAGAGACCAGGAGAGAAGGAUUGUGCCCACUAUAUGCUCACUCGUACCUGUAAAUUUGGAGAUAGCUGCAAGUUUGACCAUCCUGUUUGGGUUCCUGAGGGUGGAAUCCCAAAUUGGAAAGAGGUUCCACUUGCUGCUACAACUGAACCCCUCCCUGAGAGACCGGGAGAGCCUGACUGUCCUUACUUCCUAAAAACUCAGAGAUGCAAGUAUGGUUCAAAAUGCAAGUUUAAUCAUCCAAAAGAUGAAUUGGCUUUGGGUAGUUCACAAAGCAACGAUGUUUUUGCCUUACCAGAGAGGCCUUCCGAGCCCAUAUGUGCAUUUUAUGCAAAGACUGGGAGAUGCAAAUUUGGUGCAACAUGCAAAUUCCACCAUCCAAAGGAUAUCCAGAUAGCAUUAGGACAAGAGAAUUGUAACAUAAUGCAAAACGAAGCAGCAGCUAUGACUCAUGGAACAACUGGAGAUGUCAAUGCGGUUAAGGCAUGCAUAUCAUUCAACCAAGCCUUAUUACAUAAUUCCAAAGGACUUCCAAUACGUCCGGGUGAAGUGGAUUGUCCAUUCUACCUGAAAACUGGAAGUUGUAAGUAUGGUGCCACUUGCCGCUAUAAUCAUCCUGAUAGGAAUGCAAUCAAUCCACCUGCUGCUGCAAUAGGCCAUCCCCUUCUUGCCUCUCCUGCAGCUAAUCUGAACCUUGGAGAUAUUAAUCCAGCUGCCUCUAUAUAUCAAGCUAUUUAUCCAAGCUUUUCUUCGCCAAUGCUCGGAGUGGGACCAACUAUAUACCCUCAAAGACCUGGACAUGCAGAAUGUGAUUACUAUAUGAAGACUGGUGAGUGCAAAUUUGGGGAAAGAUGUAGGUUCCAUCACCCUAUUGAUCGGUCAGCACCAACUGCAACACAAGCCCAACAACAGGCUGUUAAGCUCACUCUUGCAGGGUUACCUAGGAGAGAGGGUGCUGUUCACUGUCCGUAUUAUAUGAAGACUGGCACAUGCAAAUAUGGUGCUACAUGCAAAUUUGACCAUCCACCCCCUGGAGAGGUCAUGGCUAUUGCAUCACAAGGUACAUCCACUUCUGCUGGUGAUGUGGAAGGAGCUGAAGGUGGAAUUGUCCAAGUGCUGUAGCAGGAUGGAAAGAUCUUUCUAUGGACCUUUUUGGCCCUCGUUGAUUGAUAUGCUUGCAUAUUUAGCAGGAUACAGGCCAGACAUCUCUGAUCUGCAAUCAGUAAAGUGAAUUUAGCAUGUGUUUUUCCUGAACUGGGUAGGCCUUGUUUGUAUUUUGAUUUUCUAGUAAGGAGGUUGAAUAUUUUGUUUUGUAAUAGCAGUUGGGUGUUUUAUAUAAGCUCUGGUAUUUAUAUAUUAUAGACUAGCAAAAGUUACGUAUAUGUUCCUGAAACGAAAUAUAAUUAAAUUCUUAAAUUCUUAAACUUCA